UCAGGGCCUAGUGAGAGAGACUCGGAGGAGCUGACUCACAUUUGGUUUAGGGAGAGAGUCUUUGUCAAACAUCCUCAACACUUGAAGGUCAGGUGGUGGGAGCGAAGCUAGAACAGGAGACAGAAAGACUGGCAGGAGAGAACAGGAAGAAAACGAGAAGAGAGCAUUUAGAAGGAGGAGGCUGUGCCCAGCUGAGCUGAAUCUGCGGAGAGCAAGCAAGUCGGAGCCUGAAAAGGAGGAGAUGUUGGUGGAGACCCUACGGGGAGGGGUGCUGCGAAGAAGAAACUUGCCAACUUCCCUGUCUUCUUGGAAAACUCCUCCCCGUGUCCUGAAAUCUUCCCAGUCAGCAGCUCUCCUUGGCAUAACAAACCCUGGGCUGUCCUGUGCCCCCCUCCAGAUGUUUACAGAUGAGGAGAUGAUGAUAAAGAACACCGUUAACAAAUUUGCCCAGGAACAGGUUGCUCCUCUGGUUUCAACAAUGGAUGAAAAUUCAAAAAUGGACACAUCGAUAAUACAAGGAUUAUUUCAACAAGGGUUGAUGGGUAUUGAAAUUGAAACAAAAUAUGGAGGAACAGGCGCUUCCUUUUUUUCCUCUAUCCUAGUGAUAGAGGAAUUAGCCAAAGUUGAUGCAUCUGUGGCUUUGGUGUGUGACAUCCAGAACACAGUAAUUAACAAUCUAAUUAGAAAAUAUGGAACAGAAGAACAAAAGGCUACCUAUUUGACCAAGCUUGCAACAGAAAAAGUAGGAAGUAUCUGCCUCUCAGAGGCUGAAGCUGGUAGUGAUUUAUUUGCCUUGAAGACCAGAGCUGAUAAAAAGGGAAGCUAUUAUGUCAUCAAUGGGUCAAAGAUGUGGAUCAGCAAUGCAGAAUAUGCAGGGAUCUUCCUGGUGAUGGCGAACGUGAACCCUGACCUCGGGUAUAAAGGAAUUACCUGCUUCCUAGUAGAUCGUGACACUGAAGGCCUUCACAUAGGGAAAGCAGAAAACAAAAUGGGGAUUAGAGCUUCUUCCACCUGCCCAUUAACCUUUGAAAACGUCAAGGUUCCAGAAGCCAGUGUCCUGGGGCAAAUUGGACACGGCUAUAAGUAUGCCAUCGGGGGUCUUAAUGAAGGCAGAAUAGGGAUUGCCGCACAGAUGCUGGGACUGGCUCAGGGGUGCUUUGACUACACUAUUCCCUAUAUGAAAGAAAGGAUGCAGUUUGGCAAAAGAAUAUUUGAUUUUCAGGGGCUCCAACACCAAGUGGCCCACGUUGCCACCCAGCUGGAAGCUGCAAGAUUGCUAACAUACAACACUGCUAGGCUUUUAGAAGCUGGAAAGCCAUUCAUAAAAGAAGCAUCUAUGGCCAAAUACUAUGCAUCAGAGGUUGCAGGCCUCACAACUAGUAAGUGUAUUGAGUGGAUGGGAGGAGUCGGCUACACCAAAGAUUACCCCGUGGAAAAAUACUUCCGAGAUGCAAAAAUUGGUACAAUAUAUGAAGGAGCUUCAAAUAUCCAGCUGAACACCAUUGCAAAGCACAUUGGUGCAGAAUACUGACGUCCGAGGGAAUGGGGCCUCUCCCCCUGGUUGCUGGUAGAAGAUUCUAAACUAUCGUGCCUUGUUGGGGAAGUAAACCUCCACAGCAUCGAAGCGUUCUGUUUAAGCCCUUAGUCAUGAUUCUUGGGGUAGACCUUUACUGUUUUAUCUGUUGUUCCAGUCUGCAUAAAAGAGGCACAGGGAAUCAUUUUUCGAAUUUGGAAAGAAAUGCAUCCGUAUUUUCUCCAGAACUAUUUUUAGAGUUGUGUACAUAUUAAUCAUUCCAGCUUUGGGGCAGACAGAAGUUUUACUCUGUCAGCAUUUGGAAAAAUACAUGUGAAGUAUUACUUACAGACAUGGCUAUUUUAUAUUCCUGUUAAACUUUUAUUUUUUAAAAUCAUUUGGAGAAGGUUUUGUCACAGUUGGCAGUUCUAUAGAUCAAUUCUGAGUUUCUAAAACUAGGUAGAAACUGAAAAUGUAUUUAGAAAAAUCUAAAAAAAGUUUAAGUUAAAGAAAGAAAAAUCUGAAAGUUCUAGUUCUACAUAUCUGGAAGUGGGUGGAAAAUAGUGUAUACUUCUAUAGAUCAUAUGACUGAAGACAUUAUCUUAACAAAAUAAAGCAAUAUAAUUUGUUGCUAUAAUUGACCUGCAUAAAAGAUGCAUUUCAUGAUGAUUUCAGCAGAUCAUUUUAAAAACAAGUCUCUUGGGGCACCUGGCUGGCUUAGUCAGUAAAGCAGUGCAUGACUCUUGAUCUCAGGGUUGUGAGUUCGAGCCCCAUAUUGGGCAUGGAGCCCACUUACAAAAAAAAAAAAAAAUCUAAAACAAGUCUAUUAGUUUUCAAGCAUAAAUUUUAAGUAAUUUGGUUUCAUAAUCAGAACAUAUU